AUGGUAACCAAAACUGAACCAGAGAGCUCCGAUUUCGAUCGGGACACUGCCCUCAAGGCCUUCGACGACACAAAAGCCGGCGUCAAGGGUCUCGUAGACGCUGGAAUCGCAAAAAUCCCGCCGAUCUUCCUCCACUCACGGCCCAACGCAGCUUCCGUCCAAUCAACUCCAGGGCACACCGAGUCGGAGCUACCAGUAAUCCCUACCGUUGACUUGCAAGGCGUCGACGGAGACCCAAAUCUCCGCCGCCGGGUGAUUUGGCAAGUGAAUGACGCCUGCCGGAGAUGGGGUUUUUUCCAGGUAAUCAAUCACGGAAUACCCACAACCCUCCUGAACAAGAUGAUGGAAGGGGUGAAGGGUUUCCACGAACUAGAGACUGAAGUGAAGAAAGGGUUCUACACCAGGGACUACAGCAAGACUUUGACCUACAACUGCAACUUCGAUUUCUAUCAGUCGCCGGCUGUCAAUUGGAGGGAUACCGUGAGCUGUGUCAUGGCUCCUCGCCCACCAAACCCUAAAGAACUCCCUCAAGUUUGCGGGGAGACGAUGGUUGAUUACUCGACCCAAGUAAUGUUAUUGGCAAGGAGGCUAUUCGUAUUGUUGUCCGAAGCACUGGGGCUGAACCCCAGUUACCUUAACGAUAUAGGUUGCUCUGAAGGACUGAUGUUUUUCGGUCACUACUACCCAGCUUGUCCUGAACCGGAUUUGACAAUGGGAAUCAGCAGCCACUCUGAUAGCAGCUUUCUCACUGUGCUUCUGCAAGACCAAAUUGGUGGUCUCCAAGUUCAAUGUGAUAAUCAUUGGGUUGAUGUGGAACCCAACACUAGUGCUCUUGUGAUAAACGUGGGAGACUUGUUGCAGCUUAUCUCAAACGACGAAUUCAAAAGCUCUCAACACAGAGUUCUGACGAAGUUUAUAGGCCCAAGAGUUUCGGUGGCUUGUUUCCUGAGGCAGCAGCUGCCACCUGAGAACUCUAGGGUCUAUGGUCCGGUUAAGGAGCUGGUAUCUGAAGAGAAUCCCCCAGUUUUCAGGAAAACUGCGGUGAAGGAAUUUGUUAAAUACUACUAUGCAAAAGGGCUUAAUGGGAUCUCCGCCCUUGAGCAUUUCAGACUCUGAGAUCUGACGAUGAAAGCAGGUCCGGUCAGAAGAACCAAUGAACAGGCACAUAUAUACGAGAAAGAAUAAAUACCCUUUGGUAAUCAGGGACAUUUGGUCUCUGUAAUUUCCUAGCUUUCCACUUUCUACAAUGUCGUAUGCAAUCUCCAUGUAAAUAUUGUCAGGAAUUUGAAUGGAAGGAAACAGGUG